AUGGUGAACGUAUGUCUAUUGACGGUAACAUCAACAAUAGCAUAUGGAUGUGUAUUCUACACACUUGUUAUAAGACCAUUAUUCUACGAUCCAACAUUCUUUGAAAAUGCCUUAAUCAUUCUAUCUUCAAUCAUCUUGUCUAGUCUUCUCUUGAUACACGCCAUUCUAGGCUUUGAUGGAGAAAAUAUAAAGCCUCUGUAA